GCUAGAAAGCUGCUAAGAAACAAAUUAUCAUUUUUCUGUGUAGAAUAAAGUGAUUGAUAGGUGUAAAAUUUGUCUACUGAACACUUGAGAUUCUCAAAUUUGUUUAUUUUUGUUUAGUGCACCUCCAUUCUGAGUAAUGUCUGGUCAUCAGUACGUUCCGAAUCCGUCGAAUUUGUUUGCGGACGAGGACGACAUCGACGACGAGAUGUUUCUGCGUAACGCCAGACGAACUGCUGCAAGCAGUAGUACUGCUAGUCCUCCCACUGCUGACCAAGGAGAGGAAGGUUACGGUUCAACUUCAUUGAUUGCUGGCAAAUCAGUUGUGGGGACAAAUUUUACUGCACGUCCGGAUGUACUCGGGCCAGAGCCAUACCAAUCCGGGGCAAAUUACGGCGCGUACAGUGAACAAAUAGCCAGCGGUUAUGUAGCAGACCCAUAUGCUGCUACAGGCUCUACUUCACCGUACGGGUCAAAUGUAUAUCGACCAGUUGUCGGCGGAAUUUACGGUGAACUGGACUCUGAUGUGGAUGAUGAAAUAGUUAGACAAAGGCAAACUUUUGAACAACGUCGACGAGAAUUGGAAGAAAGCACAUUGCUUACAUCUCAACGUUGCCUAGGGGUACUCAGGGAAACAGAACAGGUCGGAAUUGCAACUGCGGAAGAAUUGCACCGUCAGCGAGAGCAAUUGGAAAAGACUAAAAAGCAAUUAGACGAAAUUAACAACUCGCUCCGAUUCAGCCAAAAGCAUCUUAACAGUUUAAAAAGUGUAUUUGGGGGUUUAAAAAAUUACCUGUCUGGAAGAAUGGCACCAGAACAACAACCCCAGAUAAGUAGUUCAACAGGAAUACCUCGAACGAACAUAUCGCCAUCGCCAACAGAAGAAAUUUACCCGAAUCCCCAAGACUUUCGAAUCCCGGAUAACUAUUGGCCAGACGCAGCAACUCGAAUGCGACAAGAAUACCAUCAAGGACAGGAUAUGGCCCAUACAAAUGGAGCAGCCGGAGCAGGAUUCAGUCAUCAGUUGGAUCAAAAUUUAGAUGAUAUGCGUGGAAAUUUGUCCCGGCUUAAAAAUCUUGCUUUAGAUUUGAACCAAGAGAUAGACAGUCAAAAUGAUCUGAUAGACGACAUCUCUAAUCGUGUGGACGAUGUCGAUGUAAAGAUUGGCAAACAAAACAAAGAUAUGAAUCGGCUGCUGAGAAAGUGAAGCUUGUGUAGAGUCACGGUGAAACAACGAUGAUGAAUGAUAUUCCUGAAACGAAAGAAAAACAAGCGUCAUGUUGUCUCCGCUUCAAUUGAGGCUCAAUGAUAUAAAUAAUACAGACUAGGAUACUAAGGCAUAGCUCUUAGAUAAGCACUAUUAAAAGCAUACAAAAAGGUAAUUAGUUAUUUAGUAUUUUUUUAUAUGUUAAUUUGCUCGUUUUCGACUUAUCUACAAUUUUUCUGAGCAUGUACAUUCAUGUUUAGAUUACUGAAUAAACCUCAACGGAAGGCAAAAGCUGCAUAGCAAAUACAAUACAAUGUAGUCAACCACGUAAUUGAGCUGAAAAGCAUAAAAGCAAAACCUAAGAAAAUAUUGAAGAAUCCAUCACUAGCAUUAUAUGUCUCUAAUCUUUCGUCUCCUCGAUCCGUCUUAAUUACUAAAACAAAGUGGUUAAGAAACGUUUAUAAUAUUCCUCCCUUCAUUAUCAAGUUUUGUAAUGCAUUUCUACUUUAACGAAUUAAAUAGAUAUAAAGCAGCACGAAGCUACUACAACACAAAUCACAGAUUGUUAUAGAAUGAUAGAAUAUUGAUUGUUUAUCUAACCUCAUUAUGGAGAAAAAAAAUAACGGUACAGUAAACAGAAACUUUGAGGAACCAUGAGCAGUGAACUAAAGCAUAUACACAUAUUGAAAUAAAAAAAUUAUUGUAUUACUAUAGAUUGCGGGCAGUAAAAUAAUAUAUAAAAAAUAAAGCAAAAAUCAGACAAUUAUUGUAAACAGUUAAUAAUUCCUUGGUAUAAGUAAAACAUGGUUACAAAUAAAAGAUACGAUAUGCAACAAUACAUGAAUCCGAUACAGAACCUUUUUGUAAUUAAUUGAUUAAUAUCUAACCAGAAAAAG